CGCCGUCCGGGCUAGACGUGUGUCGUGCGAGUGAGUGAUAUUGUGACUGUGUUACAUCGGAACGGGCGCAGCAGUUAUGAAAGCUAAAAAUGCGUGCUAACGUAUAACGAUGGGUUGCACUCCGAGCAUGCUGUUCCACAAGAGUCGGCACAGCAGUGGCUCGCAGGAGGCUGCUCUGGCGAAGGUGGCACCAACGCCUGUCUGCAACAAGGCCGUGCAGGCGGCCAGGGCUCCGCGAGCCUCGCUGGAGUCCGACGGCUUCAGCGUCCAACUGUCCAGCAAGAAGGACAGCUAUGUGUCCCAAAUGGGAAACAAUUUCGCCACCCAGCUGCACAUCAAACGGAUAUCUGGCAGCUCGAGCAGCUCGCCGGGCGGGCGCGCGCCGCGACGCUCCUCGCUCGCGCUCACGCCCGAGGACGAGCCGCUAGUCGACGUUCAUAACAGAUCUCCGCCGCCGUCGAACGUCCCCGCCGCACUGCUCUACGCGCCGCCAGAACCGCUAGAGCUGCUAUGCGUGUUCCCGGAGCGCACGUCGCGCGUCUGCGCCGCCGCGUGCGCCGCAGCCGCGCGCGUCGGCGGCGAGUCGCAGGCGGUGCGGACGCCGCGCGACGCGCUCGACGCCUUCCGCCGCGACGCCGACGCGCGGAUACCGCACGUGGUCGUCGUCGACGCGCGGCAGCCGCAGCUGCUGGACGCGCCGUUGUUGGCCAGAGCUAUACGAGGACUGAAAAACACACAACAUAUUGUUCUGGUCGCAGUCGUGAAGAAGAGCGUCUACCUGAAAGAUGACUUCGCAGUGCUGCCGUAUAUAGAAGCCGGAUUUAACAGGGUAAUGGUGGAAACGCUAGGCGCGACGGCUUGGUGCGGUGAAGUGCUGCAGGCGCGCGCCGCGGCAGCAGCAGCGCGGGCGCUGGCAGGCGCUGUCGCCGCGCUGACAGCAGUCGCCGACCGCUGCCGAGACCUGGUCGCUGUUACUGACGACCAGCAGAAGAUACUGAUGACCAACAAAUCUUGGAACCGCGUGGUGGGCUUCAGCGAGGAACCGCGUUCCCUCAGCGAUUCGGCGGGGGGCGAAGCCCUGCGGCUGGCGUCGACGGGCGCGCGGGACUGGGACGCACCUGUGAUGCUGCGGCGCCGCGCCAACCCCGAUCCUGUGCUGCUGCCGUGCCGAGGCAGUUCUAUUGCGCUGCACAGGAGCACUUCCCACGUAGUUUUCGUGUGCGAGCCGACAACGUCUCUGGAGAACGACCGCGCGCGAGGCUCGCUGCACUCCAUUCGGCGUGGCUCGCUGGACGUCCGUUCGGUCGCGUCGGACGGCCUGCGCCGGACCUCGCUAGCGAAGCUGCAGGGGCUGCCGUUGGAGGCGCCAAUCACUAAGGUGAUAUCCCUCCUGUCUGCGGCGACGGAGGGGGCGCCGGCCGCGACAGUGGCGUGUAUAGACCGCGCGGUGGACAUGCUGCGCACCUCCGAGCUGUACUCGCCGCAGAUGCGAGAGGACCCCAAGCUGCGGCACGAGGAUCCCAUAGCUACGGACCUGAUUGGGGCGUUGUUGUCGCGGGAGCAGACGAACGCAAACUUUAUGUAUAUGCAAGGAGCGAGCAAUGUGUUGUCUUCGCGGCGGAGCAGCAACGACUCGACUGUGGUUCGGACGCAGGCCAAUCGCACACAUAUGAAGCACAAGACGUCCGGGCAACUCCGCGAGCUGCUCGACACGAGCCUCAGCUGGGAGUUCGAGAUCUUCCGCCUGGAGGAGAUGACGCGGGGCCGGCCGCUCACUCAUCUGGGUCUGACCCUCAUGGGCUCCCGGUUCGACGUCUGCUCCACCCUGGAGUGCGACGAGAGGACCUUGCUGCACUGGCUCACCAUCAUAGAGACUAAUUACCACGCUGUCAACACUUACCACAACUCUACGCAUGCCGCUGAUGUGCUGCAGUCCGUAGCUUUCUUCUUGGAGAAGGACCGUCUGAAAAGCGUGUUGGAGCCACUGGAGGUGGCUGCGGCGUUGCUGGCCGCUGCGGCCCACGAUGUGGACCAUCCUGGCACCUCUUCCGCCUUCCUCUGCAACUCACGCCAUGCUCUCGCCGUACUGUACAAUGACGUCAGUGUGCUAGAGUCUCACCAUGCUGCGCUCACCUUCAAGCUAACGCUCAAUGACGAUCGCGUCAACAUCUUCAAGAACCUAGACCGCGACACGUACAAGUCUGUCCGGCACAACCUCAUAGACAUGAUCCUGGCGACGGAGAUGACCAAACACUUCGAGCACCUCGCCAAGUUCGUCAACGUCUUCUACGCGAGACCUGGCAGCAAGGAGGACGGGAUGAACACUGACGAGCCGUUAGCUCUGGACACCACGGCACUGCAGUCACCAGAAAACGUGGUGCUGAUCAAGAGGAUGAUGAUAAAAUGCGCAGACGUCUCCAACGCGUCACGACCUCAGAAGUUCGCCUUUGAGUGGGCGAGGAGGAUCGCGGAGGAGUACUUCCUACAGACGGACGAGGAGAAGGCGCGCGCGCUGCCCGUGGUGAUGCCGAUGUUCGACCGCGCGACCUGCUCCAUCCCGCGCUCGCAGAUCGGCUUCAUCGACUACAUCAUCAUCGACAUGAUGGAGGCUUGGGCCGCGUUCAUCGACAUGCCCGAGCUAGUGACGCACGCGCGCGCCAACCACCAGCGCUGGCGGGAGCUGGACGAGGCCGGCGUCACCACCUUCGCCGACAUCCAGCGGGUGCAGCGCCUCACCACUACCACCACCACCACCACCACCGAGUGACGGCAGGGGAGCUCCUCGGAACUCGAGACGCGCCGCUCGACCCGGGAGAGACUCCCCACUCUCACUGCCAGGACCUCCAUUUAGGCAUUUGGCAGUUUUGCCACAGCCGGGACAUCCAUUCAGGCAUCAGAGUUUUGCCACAGCCGGGACAUCUAUUUAGGCAGAACGAGCAGUUUUGCCAGGACAUCCAUUUAGGUUUCAGAGUUUUGCCUAGCCAGUGAGGAUUCUUCUUAUUUUUACUAUGGCCGACGCAGUGAGUUGCUAAUGCCAGACUGGCUCCUGCAAUGAGGACAUAAGUUCGUGACAUAUGACUGUUCGCUCGACAACUUACGGAAGAUUAUAAGUAGAUAGCUCCACCUGGUGGCAGGUGCUAGGAAAGUGUCGGACAAUUCUUACUCUAUUUUUUUGAAAAUAUGAGCCCACCGGUGCUCUGUGUGUGUCGGGUCUGCCUCGUAAUCCUCGAGUCAAAUGAUUAAUGAAAUAUCGAGAACCCUCAUUACAUGCAUGCCAUUGGCAUGAAGUGAAAGGCUUUUAAAGAGAAAAGACAAUGAUGUCAGUAGAAGUGGUAGAAGUAAAACUUAUUUGCUUAAAAUCGUGUUCGUGUCGUGACUCGUGAGUCGCCACGCGUUCAAAAACUAUUUUUUGAUAAUCGUAAGAACGUCGCUUGCUUUAAGUGGCGUUU